AUGGCUCCCUUCCCGCUCCGGCGCACCCGCGCCGCCGUCCUCCUCCUCGUCCUGGCGACCGUUGCCCUGGCCCAAUUCGCCCGCGCCAGCAGCAGCGGCGGCGGCGGCAGCAGCAGCAGCAAACCCGACUUCCCCACUCUCGAGGACCUCUCCCUCGCCGAGCUCGACGCGCAUCUCCAACAAUGCCCCAUCGUAGCGCACCUGAGCGCCCUCAAAUCGAGCGCCCACUCCGCUACUACCACCUCCCCCACCUCGUCCCUGACCGCCCGGCUCUUCGCGCUGCUCUUCCCCGCCGCGCACCCGGGCGUCAACGCGCUGCUGGCGACGCUGUACAUCUCGGGCCCGCCGAACCUGCUGCUGGCGCUGUGCCCGCCCGACAUCGACCCGGCCGCGCUGUCCGCCAUGGUCGCCUUCGCCGUCGGCGGCCUGCUCGGCGACACCCUCUUCCACCUGCUGCCCGAGAUCUUCCUCGGCGAGGACGACCCGGCGCGCGCCCGGCUCGUGCUGGUGCAGCCGAACCGGAACCUGCUGCUGGGUGUCGCGGUGCUGGUCGGCUUUGUCGCGUUUGUGGCCAUGGAUAAAGGGUUGAGGAUUGCUACUGGUGGUGCGGGGCAUGAGCAUGGGCAUGAGCAUGGGCAUGGGCAUGCGGGGAGUGGGAGCGCUGUUGUUACGGAGGUUGAGGGGAGGUCGAGCGCGGUGGGCGGGGAAGGGGAGGAGAAGGAGGGGAUGAGGCUGAGGAGGAAAAAGGGGGGCAAGACGGAGGGGGAGGGGCAGGGAGAAGCGGUUGGCGAGAUGGAGGAAAAGGCGGCGAAUCCUUCGGUGAAGCUUGGGGGUUUGCUGAAUAUGAUCGCCGAUUUCACGCACAACAUCACCGACGGGCUCGCCAUGGCGGCCUCGUUCUACGCGUCGCCUACGAUAGGUGCCACCACCACCAUCGCCAUUUUCUUCCACGAGAUCCCGCACGAGGUCGGCGACUUCGCGCUGCUGGUGCAGUCAGGCUUCUCCAAGCGGCAGGCCAUGGGCGCCCAGUUCGUGACGGCCAUCGGCGCCCUGAUCGGCACGCUGAUCGGCAUCGCCGUGCAGGAGCUUGGCGACGGCAGCGGCGACGGGAGCGCCGUGGGCAUGCGCGCCGGGCUGUGGGGCACCAGCCUGACCUGGGGCGACAUGCUGCUGCCGUUCACGGCGGGCACGUUUCUCUACGUCGGCACGGUCGCCGUCAUCCCGGAGCUGCUCGAGACGGGGCCCAACAAGGCGGCCGAGCUGCGCAAGACCCUGGUGCAGUUUGCGGCCAUCCUGCUCGGGGCGGGCAUCAUGCUGUUCAUCUCGUGGCACGACUGAGCGGGAUGUGGAGAGCCGUCCAUCUCCCGCACGGCAAUGACUUGUCUGUGGGCCCCCGCUUGGCAGGAAAAUUCUGCUUACGCAGUACUGUCGACUGUAUGCUUUGUAAUCCGUACAUGGAAACGUUGUAGUUUGAGCAUAGAGUCGGCUCAAGGCGUGGGAGUCACUCCUUUGGUCGUAUUCGGGUUGGGAUAGUGACACUACAUACACUACAGUACAUACACUAGGUACACUUACAAUAGAUUAAACUCAAUGUGG